GCUCGUGUAAACUUUUCCUCGUCAGUCAGUGAGUGAGCGGAGGAGUGAGUGGAUGAAUGAGUUGGUGAAUGAGUGGAUGAAGCGCAGGAGACGCUGAGUUUUCACGGAUCAUGUUUUAAUUCACGGAUUAAUUUUUCUGGACGAACGAGAGGGAAAAAACCCCGGAGAAAAACCGGCGUUUGUGCGUGGAAAUGGAGUCCGUGAGUAAAUGGAACCCACAACAAGUUGUGGACUGGCUCAGAGGAUUGGACGACAGCGUGCAGCAGUACGUCCCGUCCUUCCAGAGGCAGCAGGUGGACGGGGAGAAGCUGCUGAGGUUGUCCCACCAGGAGCUGCUGUCUCUGGGCGUGUCGAGGGUCGGACACCAGGAGCUGGUGCUGGAGGCCGUGGAUCUGCUCUGCGCUCUGAACUUUGGCGUGGAGUCGGACAACCUGAAGACUCUGCUGGGGAAGAUGAGGGCGGGGCAUCACAACCUGAGCGCCGCCGUCUCCCAGCGCAGGAAAAACCCCGCCUACCACAACAAGAACUCCCAUCAGCCCACAAACGACUUCCUGACCGCUGUUGUCGAGCUCAUCGCCGCCGCCAAGAGUCUGCUCGCCUGGCUCGACAGAACUCUGACGAGCAGCAGCGACUUCACGUCGACCAAGAGCAGAAUCAUCCAGCUGUGUUUGGAGCUGACGUCCACCGUCCAGAAGGACUGUACAGUUUAUGAGAUGGAGGAGAAGAUUCUGGAAGUGUCUCGAGCUCUGAACGGUGUCUGUGAGAAGACAGCACAGGUGACCUCUGACCCCUCAAAGAGUGAUAUGACCUGUCUGGAGGAAGUUCACAUCACAAACAUCAGAGCCGGAGAAGGUCUGGGAAUUUACAUCAAGUCCACGUACGACGGCCUUCACGUGGUGACGGGAACCACAGAGAACUCUCCUGCAGAUAAAACCCAGAGGAUUCACGCAGGAGACGAGGUCGUGCAGGUCAACCAUCAGACGGUGGUCGGGUGGCAGCUGAAGCACCUGGUGGACAAGUUGAGGGCGGAGACAGGAAGCGUCGCCCUGGUGGUGAAGAAGAGGCCGCGCGGCGUGUCCGGCGGCUUUGCUCCCGCGCCUCUGAAGAACCUGCGCUGGAGGCCGCCGCUCGUUCAGACGUCUCAGCGAGCGUCCGGUCUCUACAGAUCUCAGCGGUUUGAGACGUCAGACGUUCCUGGGAAGAGAGCGGCCAUCUUAGACCUGUACAUCCCUCCUCCGCCCGCUGCACCAUACGGACCAGUAGACGGAAACACAAACUUGUCUCAAGGCGUCAAACUCCGGCCCAGGUCUCCGAACUCGCACCUGGACUCGGACGCGCGGCGCCGCGUUGGCGGCGACACAGGCGACGUCCGGACAUCUGUCGGCCCGCCCCCCGAACCCAACCAGCCAAUCCCCGUCCGAUUCCGACAACGAUCUUCCACGCGAUGUAAACCUCGACCCGUCUCGAUGCCGGUGGAGUCUCUGUCGAACUCCAGCUCCUCCAGAGCCGGAGCUCAAGGACGGAAAGGUCCAGAGGUUCUCCACCGGUACCUGAGCAACGAGGGCAUCAGCGCCAUCGCGGAGGAGGAGCCGUGUUUCCCUCUGCCGUACCGGCGCCACCCGUCCGUCCGCGGUGUGGACCACAUCAGAGGCAGCCAGUGCUUCAUCAACACCGACCUGCACAACAGCGCCACCAUCCCCUAUCAGGAGGCGUCGGCCAAGAAGUCUGCCGCUGCCGCCGCAUCUGCUGCCGCUCCUUCUCCUCCGGUCAAACAGUCCACGUCGCUGCUCGCGGGCUGGUUGGCUCGACUCCGCCUCCUCAAAAAUGUUGGGUUUUAUUUGACUGAGCAGGUGAAAGCUGCUGUGUCGUGUGUGUUGUGUGUGUCGUGUGGUGUCGUGUGUGUUGUGUGGUGUUGUGCUGGUGCAGGAGUGAUGAGUCGGCGGCGUGUGUCGGUCAGAGACCUGGGUCCGGUGGACAUUCAGGGCUGGCUUCAGCGCAGGAAAGACAGACCAAGUUUCCUGGGAAGUAAAUGGAAAAAAUACUGGUUUGUGUUGAAGAAGAGUUUUCUGUACUGGUACAUCGACAAGACGGCUGAAAAAGCAGAAGGAUUCAUCAACCUGUGCGGUUUCACGGUUGAACAGGCCAAACAGUCCAGGAGGAAACACGCCAUGGCAGCGACUCAUCCACUGGUGGUGACCAUCGUCAUGGCAGCAGAGAGCGUCACCGAGAUGAACAAGUGGAUCAGUAAACUAUCAAAAGCUUCCGAGUCAUGUGACGUGAUCAACACCGACGAGUGCUACAGCGAGGGCAGCGAUCAGGACGGUGACGAGAGCGAGCUGACCGAACAGGAAACGGUGGAUUCUGAAGACGUCGGCAUGAAGCGUCACUGCGAGUCUCUGUCCUGCACUGAGACGCCAUCGAUCGCGUCUGAACGCACGUGCGGAGACGCCGCCUAUGUGGGAGGAGUCUUCAACAGAAGCAGGAGGAGGGCUUUCUCAGAAGGUCACAAGCAUCUGACCCAGCUCGACCUUCAUAGACCAAAUAUUCAACGUCUGGAACCUCCAAGACCAGACCUUCAGCGACCGGACCCUCAAAGACCAGACCUUCAACAACUGGAUGUCCCCAAGCCGGACAGAGACAGUGAAGCGGUUUCUCUUCCUCUGAUCUACAUCGGAGAGACGAUCGAAGAGGAAGCGGGAGGAAAGGAGACGCCUCUUGACGAGAUGGAGAGUCUCUACAUCCACCUGAAGGCGUCCAGCUUGUCUCUGGUGGGACAGUCCAGAGACUUCAGAGCCUCGUUCAUCAGAAGAUGCAAGAACGACAAGGUCAACGAGAACCUUCACCUGCUCCGGAUCCUCAGCAGCACGUUAAAGGCCAAAGAGGCGGAGCUGAAGGCGAUGGAGCAGAUCCUGACCGAGCCGGCGCUCUCACCGCCCACGUACAGGAAGUGGAAACUCGCCAACCUCAUCCUGCUGCAGGAGAUCAUUCAAUGCAACCAGGCAGCAGGGGGCGCUGCAGGGCCGACGCCUCCCGAGCAGCUGAGGACGGGUUUCAUGACUCGUGUUGGAACACGGUGGCCAAAGCAGGGAACUGCAUCCAUUUACACAGGAAACAAACCCGACUCUCCAGCUGAACUUUGAACGGUCAUUUAAAAAGGUGCUGUAUGUCAAGUAUGUACAACAGUGACCUCCAGUGGUUGAAAGGUGUAACUGCAACACUCCGAUUGACUUCUAGUUCAGAGCAGCGGAGUUUGGACAAAAUUUCUGAAAAGUUUCACCGUUUUCCACUUUUUUAAACCCUGAACCUGUUUGUUUAGCUUUAGCACGUUAGCAACAUGUGAAGAUGAAAGUUAAACAGCAGAGAAAUAACGUUCAAUGUCCAUGUGUUUGAGAAAGUUAGCCGACUUUGGCUCUAGAUUUUCUUCAGGUUUAAAAGACAUUUGAGAGAAACGUAAACAUUACGUUAAAUAACUGAGGCUAACUGUAGCAGAAAGAUAAUGUCUUCUUCCCAUUAUACGAGCCGUUUCCAGGAUUAUGAUCAAUAAGGUAGUAGCUGUAUUUUACAUGUGUCAUCACGAAAGUGCUGCAAGUCAUUAGUGGCUAAAUUGGCAGUGGGCGGAGCAAUGGGGGGGAAGUAAACCUUAAACCUUAUCAUCUACGCUUGAGGAUCAGUGAAAGAGCAACGACCAUGUGAACGUAAGAAACGAGACAAACGCCAUGAUGUGUAAACAAUUCCACAUAAAACCCUUUAAAUAACUGAGA